AAGGAGAAGGAGAGGGAGAGAAAGUGAGAUGGAAGAUAGAAAGUGAAAGAGAGAAGGAGAGAAAGAAGAGAAAGUGUAAAUCAUUUGGAAAUCAAUUGUAACGACGAACGUCAAAGUGAAUAUCGAAAACAAUCAUCAACUAUCGUCUUCUACUUGUGUUUUGUUUCAUCUAAAAAUUAUCAUCAUUAUAUUUAUAGUCUACUUUCGUUGAUUGUCAAUUUGUUUAUAAGAAUUACCCAAGACCAAAUAACUGACCAAUAUGGAUCGAAGGAGAGUUUACAAGACCAACGUGAGUCCUCGCCCGGAGGUUGAAUUGGUCAAAAAAUCAUCUUCUCGGCGAGCGUUAAUCAUAACCAUAAUUGUUACCACGCUUUUUGUGUUGUCACUUGUUUUUGUUAAAUUGAUUCUUCCUCUUCACCUUCGCCUUCCAGAUUUUGUUGAGCUUAACAUUUUCACCCAUUCGCCAUCAUCUUCAGAUUCACACAAUUCAAAUCAACAGUUUAGUGUGAAUGAUGAUGAUACCGACUCAUCAUCCAUCACGGUUUCAACUUCCUAUGGUGCUCUUAGAGGCUUUCGAGUCUCAGUUCUUGAACGGUCAUUGGGUGUUUUCCUGGGAAUACCUUAUGCUGCUCCACCAAUUGGAGCCAAUAGAUUCCGAAAACCUCAGCCACUUCAACCAUGGAGUAACAUGAGAGAUGCUACCAGAUUUGGUCCACAGUGUAUUCAAUUCAAGCCCAAUCGUACCUUCACCCCGUGGAUCUCACCCGAAGAUUACAUGUCCGAAGAUUGUUUAUAUUUGAAUAUUUGGGUUCCAUUGGAAGAAAGUGCUUUCCGAACAUUAUCUUCCUCGAUUGGUUCAAAUCGUCGACCAACAGUUCAACUUCCAGUUAUGGUUUGGAUCCAUGGUGGAGCCUUUUUCUCGGGUUCGGCUGAUCUUUCAACCUACGAUGGGAGAAUCUUGUCUUCCUAUGGUAAUGUAAUCGUGGUAACAAUCAAUUAUCGACUUGGAGCUUUUGGUUUUCUCAAUUUGGGAACAGCAUCGGCACCAGGUAAUCAAGGUCUUCAUGAUCAAGUAGCUGCUUUAAGGUGGAUUCAGGAAAACAUUGGCUACUUUGGUGGUGAUCCAAAUCAAGUAACACUCUUUGGACAAUCGGCUGGAGCAAUAUCAGUUGGUUUACAUUAUAUUUCACCUCUUUCAAGUGACCUUUUCCGUCGAGGAAUCAUGCAAUCUGGUGCUCCAACGGUAACACGGCUUUUCUAUGAGCGUGAAGGUGCCUAUGGACGUCGAGGAUUAACUUUAGCUUCAAUGGUUGAUUGUCUCCCCGCUGAAUCAGCUAAUAACACAACAAACAUACCCUCAGGUCAAUCUCUUGCUUCAUCACAUCAAAGUCAUUCCAAUGAGCAACAUCAUCAUCAAAGUUUCCCAAAAACACCUGAAGUUAUCGCUGAUUGUUUGAGAGCAACUGAUUUACAACAAUUGACCGCAGCUCAAAAUAGUUUAAUAGAUGAGAUGAGUUUAUCUUUUGGUCCUUCGUUGGGUGAUGACUUUUUACCAGCUAAUCCAAUAUCUUUAAUGGAUUUGGGUGAAAUCGGUGAUCAACGUGAAGUAAUGUUGGGUGCAACUCGAGACGAGGGAACCUUUUUCCUCCACUAUUUAGAUCCUAAAUUAUUUGGAGCCAAACUUAAUAAUGUCUCACUUUCAAGGACAAUGCAGUUUGUCCGUCAAUCUUUUCCUUUUCUAACACCUAGAGUGGCAUCUCUUGUGUAUUCAUCUUUCCUUCCAAUAACAGAGGAAACCAGCCCAUCAGAGGUUCGCCAAGUACUUUCCGAUUUUAUUGGAGAUUCAACAUUCACCUGUCCAUUGACACUUUUCUCCCAAUUAUUUGUCAAGAAUGAGGGAUCAGCCUAUCUUUAUGUAUUUGACCAUAAACCAUCAAACUCUCGUUGGCCUGAAUGGAUGGGAGUUCUUCACUUUGAUGAAGUACAAUUUAUCUUUGGUGUUCCAUUAAGACAGUCACAUCUUUACACACCAGAAGAAGUUGAAUUCAGCAAAAGAUUAAUGAAAACUUGGGUUUCAUUUGCCAAAACCGGAGUUCCCGGUAAUCAAAUGAACAUCGAUUGGCCUGAAUACACACCACAAACACCACACUAUGUGAGCCUUGAUUCGGGAAAUGUGACAAUUGAAAGCGGCCCCAAGGAAUCAGUUUGUGCUCGUUGGCACAUAAUGUUGCAAACAUCAUAAGGAAAAAGUUAAUUGUCAUCAUCAGCUGUUAACAAUUAAUCAUUCAUCUUAAUCAUCACCAUUUCCACCACCAACAUAAUCAUCUUCACCAUCAUAAUCGCAGCCAUUUCUCUCUCUCUCUCAUCAACUCUCUACAUGGUUUUUGUUUAAAUCUCUUGACCCUUCAUUGUAACUAAUCUUGAUUUAAUUCUUGUUACCUAAUUGUUACAAUCAGUUACAAUUUUCCUCUACUAUCAAUUUACUUUCCUGUUAAUCCUCAAUUCAUUUUGAUUGAUAACCUGCUGGUUCAGGUUAAAUCAUCUUUCUCAUCUUCCAUGUGUCCAAUACUUUAAGUCCACUUUUAUAUCGAUUGGUCAUUUUCGCCAUUUUGAUUUACUAUAUCAUAAUACAUUCUCUAUCUUUUCUCAUUGUUACAUUUCUCAUUUUCUUCCGACAAUUAACUAUUAUGUUAGAAAAUUAUCCUUCUAUCAAUCAUCUAAUCAGUUUGACACCAAUUCCAUUAAUUCUGCGAAUCUUAAUUGUCUUUAUCCUUCAGGGUCACAAUCAAUUCUUAACAUUGUAUCAAGUGGACAUUUCUCAUCAUCUCAUCCUCUCAUCAUCAUCAUCAUUUUUUAUUUCAAUUUGUUUGUAUAUCAAUUAAUUAUUUCGAGUAAAGAUUCAUCAUGUACAAAGAAUCAUUUCCCUGAUAAUUACAAUCGAUCAUUCAUUUAGAAUUAAAUUAACUUCACUUUUAAGAAUUAUCUUAAUUUCUUCUUAAUUUCUUCUUAUAACAGUUAAUUCCAGAAAAUCAUAUGAGUAAGUUAAUUGAGAUUGAAUAGAGAACUGAAUCAAUAUCGAUUAGAAUCUUUAAUCUGUUAAUUUUUUGAACUUCCAUCGAAUUGGAUUAACUAAAUUUUCCUUCUCUUCUCAUUCGAUUGAUAUUCAAAUUGUAAUUACAAAAACUAAAUCAGCUCGAAGUUGAACCAGAAAUUAACUUGAAAACUUUCUUAUUGAACUUGACUAUCCAAUUAAAGAUCUAAUUCAAAUUGUAACAAUCUAAUUGUAACAUAAUCAAUUCAUGAUGAAAACUCAUGAAGGUUAAAACACUUGACCUACUCAAGUUAAUCAACGAAAAAGUUAAUUUCAAUUUCUGUAAGUACAAGAGAAAAAAACUCGAGGAAUUAAAGUUAAUCAUUGGA